AUGUCUUGUGUCGCAUUCAACUACUACGCCAAGGCGCAGAGCACGUUCAAGCCGCCGCUGAUCGCGAACGAGAAUGCCUACCUAGGGGAUGUCUAUUCGAGCGACAAAAACGACCCCGACAAACCCAUCACCGCGGGCUUCUUCCGCCUCGAAAAGGGCACGCCGCUCGUGUACGAGUACACGUACCACGAGAUGAAGAUCAUCCUCGAGGGCGAGUUUGAGAUUUCGGACGAGACGGGCCAGACGGUGCGGGCUGGGCCCGGGGAUGUGUUUUAUUUCCCCAAGGGGAGCAAGAUUACGUUUUCGACGCCGUCGGUUGGGUUGGCUUUUUAUACUGGACAGCGUAAGGAGGGCGGGGCAUAA